AACUUACAUCUUUUUUUAUUUUGCAGAAAUACCGAAACAUGCAGAAUGCCGCAACCAGCAACCAGCAUAACUGGCAGUAGUGGAGACGAGAGGGUGGAAUCUCCCCUGCCAACCAACGAAGCAAUGCCUGCAGUGCCUGAAGAAAAUCCGACAAGGAUGCACAAGGACGCGGCCUUUUCCCAACUCAUCAAAGCGCAUCCGCUGCAUGUCGACACCAAACCGCCGAAGCGGAAAUCGUGCAGGAUGAUCGAGUCUUCACUGGGAGACACUUUAUACAACCGCUGGGUGUACGAGAGGUCGAAGCUCCGCUGUAAAGAAGGAAUUGAGUCCUUUCCAAGAGUGAGGCCAUCUAAAAAGCAACUAAAAAAAUUCUUGAUGCAGAAGGACUGGGAUUCCAAAACCCUGGGCGAAGCAAUCCUUGCAGAUUGGUCGCCUACCCGACCGGUGAGAGGAACCAACACCGGCAGAUUGCAGCUGCAAUCAUUAAUUAAAAAGCAACGCUGGCCAGGGUUAUCUGCAUUUACUUCAGAAAAGGGCCGUGGAGUCACAGCGACGCGGCCAUUUCGGCACGGAGAGGUAGUGUGUGACUACCAUGGCACACUACUAACCCACGAAGAGGGCAUCAAACGCCACGCUAACAUCGCAGAGGGAGAAAGUGGCUACAUGUUUUUCUUCAGAAUGCCGAACACUGGGGAGCGCUAUUGCAUCAAUGCACAGGAUGUGCCGUGUCCCUGCCACACGGAUAAACCUAGCACCAUUGGCCGACUUCUUAAUCAUUCAAGAAAAACCAAAAAUGUCAAUAUAAAACCGCACUGCGAGGUGCUGGACCAGCCCACUGUUGUCUUCCGCGCUCUUCGCGAUAUUGGCCCAGGAGAAGAACUACUGUUUGAUUAUGGAGUGCGGAAAAGCUCCUUUCAAUGUGAGGGUUCAGACCUCGAUUGGUUAGAUAAAUAAAAGUCGUAUAGGGUAUACCAUAUCUGAAGUAAAACUACAUAGCAUAUGGCAAUAUGGUUUAUAUAUAUAUAUAACCGGCGGUCGUUGUAUGGGCCUACAGUCUGUUCAUUUCGUAUUGGGUUUACAAAAUCUCAAGUAAAACUACAUGGCAUAUUCAAUGAUAAAUCCUACGCAGAACGAGCGUAAUUAUUUUAUUAUGUUAGGCUAUUAAUACGGGAAAUGUAAUGUAUAUAUUCAAUUUUAGUUUAUUACUCAGUGUAGUACCGCGUAUAUGUAUAAUGUAGAAGUAACUACAGAUGAAUCAACCGCACGCACACGCGCGGACCCUGUUUGUAAAUAAUCAUACUACCUCGUAUAGGGUUUACAAAAUCUUAAGUAAAACUACAUGGAACAUUCAAUGAUAAAUCCUACGCAGAACGAGCGUAAUUAUUUUAUUAUGUUAGGCUAUUAAUACGGGGUCAAUUUGAGUUUAUUUCUCAGUGUAGUACCGCGUAUAUGUAUCACGUAGAACUAACUACAUAUGAAUCAACCGCACGCGCACGCACGGUCGUUGUUUCUAAAUAAUUAUACUACCUAUAUAUAUAU